AUGUAUUUGCACCGUUUCCAAAUUCCCCUGCAACUGCGCAAAGUUGCUGACGCCAAGCAAGAUGCCACCAUCACCUCCGUGCUCGAUGCACCGCAGCUGCGAGUGGUGGUCAAGCCAGCGGAACGCGAUGACCGGUACACUCGGCUUAUGCUUGUCAGCAGCUGGCUUGAUGAUGUCGAGUUCGUUGAGGGCUGA